UAUAUGUGAUCAUAACCGGAGGCUGUUCGAUUUGUUGUGAUUAGAGUAAUGCUUACGAACUGGUCGUAUCACAAAUACCUCAGGGUACAACACGAGCGAAAUUUUAUGGUGUGAAGCCUCUAUAUAAAAUUCGUUGACUACUCGGUGCAAGGAAGUGCGGGAAACCAACAUUGGAUUAACGUGAAAAUGACCAUGUACCUAGAGAAAAUAUAAUUCUACUCAGUUCAAGUGUGCAAACUCGUUCUAAAAUAGAAAAACCUGGAAAGUCAAAGUAAUGGCUGAUGCACUGGUCAGUUCGGUGGUGAAACUUCACUCGAGUACUACAUGCUUGUUCCUGGUAACGUGUUGGGGGUUGGCGACAUCUGCCUAUUACUUCGGUGACCCCAUCUUGUGCGUGUCGAGGUACGAUGGCUCCGUCAUAGAAGACGACCUAGAGGAAAUGUGUAUCACUUAUUCUUUCAAUACUUCGUCUCUUCAGUCUACAAAAUACUUCCCGCUGCACUACAAAUGGAUGCACUGGAUAUUUUUAAUGCUCGCUCUCAUCUACAAACUGCCGGGGUUCUUUCAAAAAUAUAUAAUGUUCGAGCCAUUUCUAGAAGAUACUUUGGAAAGUAUCGCGCGUCUUCCUGUUGAUUUCGAUCUUCAAGCUGCCCAACUUAAGUUAUCGUUAGGUUACUGGCUUCACAACUAUGGACGUCACGGUGAUCAUCUUGCCCGAAAAAUUUACCUACUUUUCAUAAGUAUGUUUUCCAACUGCUUGGGAUUCUUCGUGAUGAAUCUAUCCUUACAAGGCCAUUAUUAUGCAAAGCUCGUCACAUACUGGCCUUUCAAUCGCGACUACAGAACUUUUCGGGACCCUCUCAGUUCUGUGUUCCCUCCCUUCACCGACUGUGAGUUGACGCCCAAGAUGCAGCUGUGGCUGGGCCGCACCGAGAGGGCUGGAUGUCACCUGCCACUCAUGGAAGCAUACGAGAAAACUGUGCUCAUUUUUUUCGUGUGGCAGAUGAUACUGUUAAUUAUCACGUGCGUCGAAAUCGUGCGACUGAUUUGCUGUGACCGCAUAAUGUCGCUGCGACUUAGAAUGCUCUGCCCGGGAACAUAUAUGAAGUCGCCGCUAAUCCAAAAAUAUGCCAAUGUCAAGUCUGGCGAAAUCUACGCAUUAAGUUUAUUCAGGAAUCUGUUGACCAAGCCGCAGUUGAGAUGCCUCCUCUACGCCAUCGCCAGGGACUAUUUUCAUGAGCACUGAUGGAUGAUUCUGUAGUGACUAAGUUUAAUUGGUAAUAAUCUUUCAUAGACUGCAAUUGUUUUCGAAAAUAUCGCCAUAAGAAAUUGAUGUGUAACCCAUUCCGUAUCACAUUUAAUGCAUAGCUUAUCUAAAUUAUCAGAAGUAUCAAUUGCAAUCGGACGAGCUCUUUCAAAAUUGAUUUUAAAAGUUCCUUAUUAUAUGAACUGUGCCUUAUCACAAUGAUUUUUUUCUCAAAACUGUAUCGAGGUGCUCUAUAAACAUGUGACUAUUGCCGCUUCAGAAGGAAUUUUAAACUUGAUAUUUCUUGUAAAGUCAUAAU